AUGACUGGAUUCAAUGGCCGACAUAGAGCAUCGAUAGACAAGCGUGAUUUUGAUACGAAUAGACCGCUACUGGAUGGGCAUGGUGAUGGAAUUGAUGGAGCUGAGCGCGAUAAUCAACUCUCCCGACCGGGUUCGAGUCUCUCCGACGGUGAAGACGGCUUGUUGAACAAUGUGGUCGACGAGAUUGUUGAGCGAGACCGACGAAAGAUGGCCAAGGAAGUGGUACGGAUUAGCAGCUUUGUAUUGGGUGUGAUUAGUUGCCUGGGAGCCGGGAGCAUCACUGCGUUCUCGCUGUAUGGGCCUCUGUUCCUCACUCGUCUUCAUUACACGCAGCUCCAAGUCAAUGCAGUCUCGAUCGCCGCGGAGGUUUCUAUGUACCUCCCCGUUCCCUUGUUUGGAUAUCUCUGUGAUCGGUACUCGCCACGUCCUUUGUCUUUGUUUUCGGCAUUGGUCUUUGGCGCAGGUUAUCUUCUUGCAGCGUUUACCUACAAGAGUGGCCCUCCUGUUGAGAAAGGCGGACAGGGAUGGCCGUUUGGGAUUAUGGUGUUGGCAUUUGUGGCCAUCGGAAUGGCCACGAGCUGUAUGUACCUGGGUGCGGUGACGACCUGCGCUAAGAACUUCGGCCGAGGAAAGCACAAAGGCAUUAUGCUCGCCGUUCCUAUCGCUGCGUUUGGACUCAGUGGGAUGUGGCAGAGCCAGGUGGGGACAUAUCUGCUAUGCGAAUGGCUCGAGGAUGGCAGUCGUGGGGACGUGAAUGUGUUUCGGUAUUUUAUCUUCCUAGCUGCACUGCUUUUCGCCAUUGGAAUUGUCGGCACAUUUGGAUUGGUAAUCGUGGAUGAGGAGGAUAAGUACAUCGAUGAGGCGGUUGACGAAUUGGAGCGGAGUGGUCUGUUGGAGCAGAGCGAGUUCUUCCAGCCCCGACAUGAAGUAAGGGCAGCUUACGGAACCUUCGGGCAAGGCGAUGGCGACACAACGGACGACGAGCGAACAUUGAACCAGUCCGAGGAAGAGCGGGAAGCUGCACGGCUGGAGAAAGAGCGCGAGGAAGAGGAGCGCCGAAAGAAGGACUGGUUGUUGAAUUACGAAACCAAAGUAUUCCUCAAGGACAAGACUAUGUGGUUCCUUGCACUAGGGUUCUUCUUGGUUACCGGUCCGGGUGAGGCAUAUAUCAACAAUCUGGGCACUAUCGUCCAAACGUUGACACCGGAAUCGAACCCUCCAAACGUCCCCUCCCCAGCAGGUCUUCCGUCGACACACGUCACUAACGUUGCGCUCACCUCGACCCUAGCCCGAUUACUCACUGGGUCCCUAUCGGACCUGUUCGCCCCUCCGGCAAAUCAUCUCAUUGCAGGAACCAUCGAAGACGGCCGCCCAUCGUCGUCAUCCGGACGCUUCACUCUCUCACGACUCUCAUUCCUCCUACCUUCCGCCCUCCUUCUGUCCCUUGGCUACCUUCUCCUCUCGUCGCCCCUGCUCGUCUCCCACCCGCAGCUCUCGCACGUAACUACCGCUUUGAUCGGCCUUGGUUAUGGCAGCGCUUUCUCCCUCGUCCCGAUCAUCAUCUCGGUUGUCUGGGGCGUCGAAAACUUCGGCACAAACUGGGGCAUCGUGGCCAUGGUCCCUGCCGCCGGUGCCGCCGCCUGGGGUAUCAUCUACUCACGAGGCUACCAAGACGCCAUGGACGGUGGGAACGGGUCCCCGGAUGGGCAAUGCCACGGCUGGCGAUGCUUUGGGUUCUGGGCCGUAGGCUGUACCUUGAGCGUGUGGGUGGCCAUCGCAUCGUGGUCUAUUGCCUGGCGAUUGUGGAGACGGAAGGGUAUUGCCGUUUGA